AUGCUUUUAAAUACUCUAACACCAGAGCAGAUAGAUGCCGUUGUUACACUUUCAAGAAUCAGAGAAAUAGCUUCGUAUGGUCAUGAUGCAUACAUCCCUACACCAGAAAGCAGAUCUCCGUCUCCUCCACCUGUCUAUGACAAUACAGGAAAGCGAACUAACACGCCAGAAGACAGGUUUUUCACCAAAUGCAAACAAGAACGAGAUGCACUUAUGUACUAUGCGUCUAACACUAUCCCUGGAUACGAGCCUCCUGAUUGGUUCAAGAAAAAUUUCAAGAUUACCGAAAAGCUGAUAGUGCCAACUGACAAAUAUCCAGACAUUAACUUUGUAGGACUUCUUAUUGGUCCUCGAGGAAACACUUUAAGAUACAUAACGAAGGAAAGCGGCGCUCAUAUUGGAAUUAGGGGUAAAGGAUCGGUCAAAAUGGGACGUAUUAGUGAAUCUACCGCUGCUAAGAUGCGAUUGGACGAACCUUUGCACUGUCUUAUCACCGGUGAAUCCCAGCAGCAGGUUCAAAAGGCACUCAAAAUGUGUCAGGAUGUUAUAGAUAAAGCUGUUUUCAGCGGACCAGGUCAGAACGAUCUGAAAAGGAAUCAAAUGAAAGAGUUAGCCGUCCUAAACGGUACAUUACGUGAUGAAUCGGAGCAUUUAUGCGGUCUUUGUGGGGAAAGAGGCCAUUCCCGUUUUGAUUGUCCUCAUAAAAACAGUAUUGAUUACAUCAACAGUGUUGUCUGUGAAAAAUGCGGUAAUGUAGGCCAUUUGGCCAAAGACUGCAAGAUGUCUGCCGCUGGAGGAAAUAUGGAUAGAGAGUUUGAGAGUAUGAUGAGGGAGAUUGAGGAUGCCCCUGAGCAGCCAUCUGCUGGUCCUCUCCCACUGGAAGCAUCGCAUGAACCAUCAAAUGCCCCAAGAAGAGCCGAAAACGGAUUACCUGAUUCAACGUAUAAUGACUUUCAGUCACGUGAUUCCGAUAGACAUUCCGAUAGAGACUGGAAUUCUCAGAAUGCUAAUGAACGGCCUUCAAAUCAUGGUUAUGGUUUUUCCAAGCCUUACAAUAAGUCGUAUCAGCAGUCGUAUCAACCGCCGUCUCAGGAGUCUCAAGAAUCAUUACAACGAUCAUACCAACGGCCAUAUGAACAGCCCUACCAGCAGCAUUAUCAACGGCCCUACCAACAAUCUUACAGGCAACCCUUUGAUCCUGCUUAUAAAAGACCGUAUGAAAGGGUCAAUAAUGAAGGACAGUUUUCACAUCCAUACCAGUCACGUGUUUCUCAUAGUCCUCCUCCAGAUAACCAUCUUCCCCGUGUUCCACCUCAGAAACCAGGGGAAUACAAUUCUCCUCCGCCUAAGAGACACCACUUGGCUCCUCCGCCGGGAAUGCAUUCUUCUUUACCACCACCCCCUGGGUCAAUCUCGUUGUCUUUGCAACGAAAGAGACCUCGUCCACCACCACCAUCGGGAUCUCGUCCUCAAAGACCCAGCAUAUAA